AUGUUACAUAGUUAUCAAUGCUUCCAUUAUACCUAUGCAAUAAAGUCACCAUGAAAUCCUGAAAGCACAGAGUUUGGGAGGCCCCAAGUCACAGGAUCUCGUGAAGAUUCCCAGGGGAUCUUUGUCCCGCUUCUCAUAUCUGAUCCUAUGUAUCCUUCAACUCUUCUGCUCUGUAGCAUGUAUUAUGACAAUCUGCUAAACCUGUUUCCUAAAGUUCUGUGUUUAAUAACACUUAAUAAAUCCCAAAGAGAGGGCUGUGGGAAAGUUAACGUAUACCCAGUUGAUCAAAAUUGCCUGCACUUGAUGACUGCCUCCUGGUGAAGAUGAAUUCCACAGUGAGCUGUCAGCUCGCGAGCUCUGUUUCUACGAAGAUAGGUUCUGGAUGAUUUAACUUGCUGCUAAAUAUUCUUAAAACGUGAUGCAAGAGGAAUAAUCUUCAGUGUAAAGCAGUAACCACACUUUCAUCUCCCGCAGUGACCUCAUGUCACAAACUUUCUCAUCUUUUGCACCAAACACUGGACAGGCAAAAGUGUGCAAGAAGAAAUAAGUAUUUACACAGUAAUUGCUGUCUGUGAUGGGAGGGUUGCUAUUUAAGCACCUCUUUUUGGGGAGCUUUGUUGAUUCUGGGGGAGCAUUCCAGACAGUGUUAAUCUUCCUUCUGAUUCCAUGUUCUUUGACUGUGGAUUAUAGAGCAGCACCCAUUAUAAAAGAUGCCCCUUUCCUUUGGGUCUGGAAUGCCCCAACGGAGCCUUGUGUUGGAAACUUUAGUAACUCCAUAGAUCUGAGCCUCUUCCCAUUAAUCGGAAGCCCCCGGAAAACUGCCAUAGGGCAGCCUGCCACACUAUUUUAUGUUGAUCGACUUGGCUUCUAUCCUCACAUAGAUCCAAAGCAAGUAGAACAUCAUGGAGGAAUACCUCAGUUGGGGAAUUUGCAAGAUCACUUGGCCAAAGCCAAGACUGACAUAGAAUACUAUAUUCCGGCAGACAAAGUGGGCUUAGCUAUCAUUGACUGGGAAGAAUGGAGGCCCACGUGGAUGAGAAACUGGAAACCCAAGGAUAACUAUAGGAACAAGUCUAUUGACUUGGUCCUGAAAAAUAAUCCAGGACUUAGUUACGCAGAGGCCACCCAGAAAGCCAUAGUAGAAUUUGAAACGGCAGGCAGGAACUUCAUGGAACAGACAAUAAAACUGGGGAAAUCAGUUCGGCCAAAACACUUAUGGGGCUAUUAUCUUUUUCCUGAUUGUUAUAACAAUAAAUUUCAAGACCCCGCAUAUGAUGGGCGUUGUCCUAAAGUGGAAGAGCAAAGAAACAAUGAUCUUGGCUGGUUGUGGAAAGAAAGCACUGGCCUUUACCCAUCUGUCUACUUGAAGAAAGACUUGAAGUCGAAUCGACAAGCUACUCUCUAUGUCCGCUUCCGAGUUGUGGAAUCUAUCAGAGUGUCCAAAGUCCGGAAUGAAACGGAUCCGGUCCCAGUUUUUGUUUAUGUUCGUCUUGUUUUUACUGAUCACGUUAAUGAAUUUCUUAUGGAGGAAGACCUUGUGAAUACACUUGGUGAAAUUGUUGCUCUGGGUCCUGCUGGAAUUAUAAUAUGGGAUGCUAUGACUUUGAUACAACGUGCGCCAGGUUGCCCAGUCCUACAUAAAUACAUGGAGACAGUCCUGAAUCCAUACAUAAUCAACACCACCCUAGCAGCCAAAAUGUGCAGCCAAACACUUUGUGAGGAUAAAGGCGUGUGUACAAGAAAAAAUGAAAGCUCAGAUAUGUAUCUUCACUUGAACCCAAAUCAUUUCAAUAUUAAAUUAAUGGAAGACGGAAAGUUGGGAGUGAAGGGUAGUCCCAGGGUUGGAGACCUGGAAUAUUUUCUUGAACAUUUUAAAUGCAGCUGUUUUACCAACAUGAAUUGUGAGGAGAAUCCUCAUAUAGACAACGUGCUAGAAGUUAAAGUGUGCACAGGUGAUAACGUUUGCAUAGAAGGCCAAGUAGAGCCGGACCCAGCCUUCUCCCUCCUACCUGGCAAAAGCCUUCUUGUCAUAACAGUACUCACUUAUAUACUGCUUCAUAUGCCACAAGAUUCUUUUUUUCUCCGGGAAACAUGCUAGUUGCUCCUUAGUUCUCUCUACCUGCAGAAUUUUGCUGUAUUUUCUCUUACAGGCCUCAGUAAUUUGGGGUUAUGAAGAUGGGAUUCUAUUUUGCAAAAGUAACUAUAUUUUAAUAAUCAAGAUCCUAUUUUUGAAUUUCAAAUAUAAAUUAUGUGUUCUUCUACCAAUGACUGACUGCAAGCAAGGCUACCGCUCUUAGAGUUUAGUUUUUGGU